ACAUCUAUUCUUACAAACAAGAUGUCAUAUAUCUCUCCACUCUUUAAAUUUCAUGGCCAUGUCCACAAUCUUCUCAUCCUCUCCAAACCCUCCAACAAAACCAACUUUUCUUGAUAAAAAACCCAUCUUUUUCAAUGACCCUUUGUCUAGAAGAAGCUUGUUGCUCACCUCUUUUUCUUCAAUCUCUUUCUUGAGUUUAAGCUUAAACCCUUCACUCUUCAUACCCUCUUUAGCUCAUGCUCAAACUUCAAGUCCUUCUAAGUCUUUUUUAUCAGGCAUUGCCAACACUAAGUCUUGGUUUCAGUUCUAUGGUGAUGGGUUCACCAUCAGAGUUCCUCCUGAUUUUAAGGACUUCACUGAGCCUGAGGAUUAUAGUGCUGGAUUAUCUCUUUACGGAGACAAGGCUAAGCCAAAAGUCUAUGCAGCACGGUUUGCAUCUCCUGAUGGAUCUGAAGUAGUAAGUGUUGUCCUUCGCACCUCAAAUUCACUCAAGAUCACAUUCUUAGAGGCGAAAGACAUUACAGAUAUAGGUUCAUUGAAGGACGCAGCAAAGCUAUUUGUUCCAGGUGGGGCAACUCUCUACUCUGCCCGGACAAUAAAAAUUAAGGAAGAUGAAGGUUUCAGAAAUUAUUAUUACUAUGAAUUUGGUAGAGAAGGAGAGCAUUUUGCAGUGGUGACUGCUGUUAACAGGGGAAAGGUGUUUAUUGCUGGAGCAGCUGCUCCACAAUCUAAAUGGGAAGAUGAUGGCGUGAAGCUUCGAUCAGCAGCCAUAUCACUAUCUAUUUUGUAAACACAUUCGGAAGACUAUUUUAACAGAGUUGCUGAAUCAAGAAUUACCAUUUUACAAGUUGGUGAGGUUCCUGAUUGUGGAACUGCUUAGAGCUUAUACAAUGCAGGAACUCAAGAUUUUAUGCAGUUUUGAUAUGGCUGUCAUUAGGUAUUUAGCCCAUUGCUUCCAAAACCAGGAAUUUGUAAUUUUUAGUUACUGAAACUGGUUAUCACUGAGAUUUCUAUUUAGUCAGUCAACAUUUGGAUCAAUUUUUGCUUAAUUUAUCAAAAUAUGGCUUCUUGUCAACCAAA